GUGAAUCUUGCAUUGCAUUAUAUAUAGAGAGGGUGGUGGCUUUCCAUGCAAGAUACACACAAUAAUGGAGAAACUGAAUUUGUAUGGGUGUAGCCAUCUCUUCAUGACUGUCUUUCUGCAUAACUUGUCGAUGUUCAUGGUGGUGCCGGCGAUCACCGAUGUCACAAUGGCUGCUCUUUGUCCCGGACAAGAUGAAUGCUCACUUGCAAUCUACCUCACUGGUUUUCAACAAGCGAUGAUAGGAGUGGGAACUCUUGUGAUGAUGCCAAUCUUGGGUAGUCUCUCAGAUAAAUAUGGAAGAAAGGCUAUUCUCACACUUCCAAUGAUCCUCAUGAUUAUUCCCUUAGGCAUAUUAGCUUAUAGUAGAACCAAAACAUUCUUCUACAUUUACUACGUGUUUAAGAUCAUAAUUAACAUGAUUUGUGAUGGAUGUAUCCCUUGUCUCGCUCUAGCUUACGUAGCAGAUAAUGUUCCGGAAAGUAGACGAAGCAGUGCGUUUGGAAUUCUUUCAGGAAUAGGUUCAUCUGCCUUCGUAUGUGGGACCCUCGCAGCUCGUUUUUUAUCUGCUGCUCAAAGUUUUCAGGUUUCUACUUUUGUUGCGGUGCUUGGAGCAGUUUACAUGCAAAUUUUCCUUCGGGAUUCAGUUAUAGAUCACAAUGACCUUUAUGCCCCUAUCAUUUCGCAUGGAAAACCCUCCAUUGCUAAAAUCAAUGGAAAAUCCAAAGCCAAUGUUCCGUUGUUGAAAGCAUUGCGCUCUUUGCAGGAUUUAACCUCCUUCCUCAAUAGUAGCAACACUAUCACACAAGCAGCGAUUGUUGCAUUCUUCAGCAACCUUGCUGAUGUUGGACUUCAUGGUUCAAUGAUGUAUUACUUGAAGGCGCGGUUUCAUUUUGAUAAGAAUCACUUUGCUGACUUAAUGAUCAUUUCCGGUGUUGCAGGGACUGUGUCACAGCUUUUUCUUAUGCCUAUUUUUGCUCCUACUUUGGGUGAGGCAAGGCUUCUUUCGAUUGGACUGUUUUUUCACUGUGUACAUAUGUUCAUUUACAGCAUAGCAUGGUCCACUUGGGUUCCCUAUGCAGCUGCAAUGUUCUCAAUAUUAUUUGUUUUUUCACAACCAUGUAUACGAAGUAUUGUGUCGAAACAAGUUGAUCCCCAUGAGCAGGGAAGGGCUCAAGGUUGCAUCUCAGGCAUAUGUUCAAUUGCACAUAUUGUUUCUCCCUUGGCUUUCUCUCCAUUAACAGCUCUCUUUCUAUCUGAAAAGGCCCCUUUUAAUUUUCCUGGCUUCAGUAUAAUGUGUAUUGGAAUUGCUUCGAUGAUAUCUUUUGUUCAGAGUAUGAUGCUUAGAGUGGUUCCUCCCAUUUUGAGUUAGAUGGACAUAAUCGACCGGCCGCGGAUUUAAAACAAAGUGGUAUACUUAUUUAUCUAUAGGAGCUUUGUCUUCAGCUGUGCUUUUGACAAGGAAGGCAAGAUAUUAUUGAAUAAGCAUAUAAAGCAAGAUGUUGAAUAAGCACACUCCUUGAAAUAGAUAUUUGAUUAGCUUUUCUAAGUUUAUACUAGUAGAAAUCAUGUUUGUUUGUACUUUAGUCAUAGAUAUAUUUUGAUUUUUGCUGUCAUUCAUAUUGUGCUGUUUCUUAACAAUUUGGAAACAGCUAUCAAGUGUGAAUGUGCAAAGUACAUGUAUACAAACAUUCACUGUGAGUUUGGCAGAAUUGUUAUAACUCUGUGUGAUACAAAACAUGCACUGUGUCUCUUUGUAGGUCUCAUCAUAUUAUUGAAAUUGUUAUAAUUGGUACUCCCACCUCUGGUCCUAUUUAUAAAAUAAAGUUUACUUUU